GCACACGCAGCGCAUCUGACGUGGAAUACUAGAGUAUUCAUAAUAAAAAAAAAAAUCCACACUAUGCAGAUUGUUUCCGUUUUGUUGCUGUGUUUGGUGACGCUAGAGGUCGCUCUGGCUAGAAGUCCUCCCCUUUGUCCAUGUCCCAAGAUCCUUCGUCCGGUCUGUGGAAAUGACGGGUUUACGUACAAUAACGCAUGCUUAAUGGAAUGCGCAGGUGCUAAGGCUGCGGAGGAUUCUUUAUCGUGUUGUAAAUGCAACAGAAUGUACAGUCCCGUGUGUGGCACUGACGGCAGAACUUACGGAAAUAGGUGUACUGCCAACUGCAAGGGUGUUCGGGUGUUAAAUAAUGGCGAAUGCCCGCCACCGAUACUGUGCACGGCAGACUACAGACCAGUGUGCGGCGUGGAUGGGGUAACCUAUGGAAACGCUUGCGGUGCCCAAGCAGCGAAUGUUAAAAUUGCUUCUAAGGGAGAAUGUGCUAAAGUUUGUCCCUGCCCCCGUAUUUACAGACCUGUCUGUGGGGUUAACGGGAAAACCUACAGUAAUAAGUGCGCUGCUGAUUGCGAAAAUGUAGAGGUUGCAUCCCAAGGGAAAUGCCCAUGCGCCUGUCCGUACAUUUAUAGACCCGUGUGUGGUGUUGACGGCAAGACUUACCCUAAUGAGUGUACCGCCAACUGCGAUGAAGUUAAAGUAGCCUCCGAAGGAAAGUGCCCUUGCAUCUGUACGUUGGAUUACACCCCAGUGUGUGGAGAAGAUGGGAAAACUUACCCUAAUGCGUGUUCAGCUAAAUGCGAUGAAGUGAAAGUCGUUUCCCAGGGAAAGUGCCCUUGCAUCUGUACGUUGGAUUACACCCCAGUGUGUGGAAAAGAUAGGAAAACUUACCCUAAUGCUUGCAAAGCUAGAUGCGAGGGUGUGACUAUUGCCAAGCAAGGGAAAUGUUAACGUAAUGGAGGACAGAGGACCAAUUCACAUUCACAACUUUUUAAUCGCCUUUUCAUGCUUGACUUGGUUAAUAUUGAUACAAAAUUGCUAUUAUGCGGUGAUGUCAAUUUACCUCUGCAAACUAAUAUAACUAUUUUUCAGUUGUUCAUAAAUUUAUAGAAGAAACUUGUAGAUUUGUUUAAUCAUUGUACAUUAUACCUGUUAAUUAUUACCUUGCAUGACAUAUUGUAAUAUUUUAGGAGAGGGACUUGUAAGUUGUCAGAACUUGUUCCCAAUCCUUUUGAUUUCAUCAAUAAAAUAUGUUCAAAACAAUUCACAACUAAUUGUCUUAGGGGGACCAAUCUAGUCAUUAAAAUAUUUUACAAUU